AUGAGUUUCGAAGUGCUUCAGUACAAUCUGUUUGGACGGCCAUAUGAAGUGUCGAAAGAUGGACAAGACGAGCGACUUCAGCGAGUUCCUCAAUCGUUGCAUCGAAUAUCAACAAGUAUCGAUGUCGUGACUUUUGCUGAAGCUGAUAUUCAAUUGCAACGAAAAGAAAUGUUAAAAACUUUUGAAUCAUAUGGAUAUAAUUAUUCUACAACAAUAUUACACGACCCAGACCCAUUCACAAGUAUUGUGAAUGGAGGAGUUAUGAUGGUCUCCAAGUGGCCAAUCAUUCGAGAGGGACAGCAUAUUUAUCGCAACGCUUGUCACUAUUCGGACUGUCUAGCAGCCAAAGGAGUCAAGUAUGCAAGGAUAUUGAAGACAAUGAACGGGACAUCAAAAAUUUUCAACGUCUUUGCCACGCAUAUGCAGGCAUGGUCGACGCCAGAAGGUCGAUCGGAUCGUAUCAUGCAAGCAAAGCAGAUGCGCCAAUUUAUUGAUGCAAUCGGGAUUCCGUACCACGAGCCAUUGCUUUUUGCGGGAGACUUUAACGUGGAUAAUCACACGUAUCGAGACGAAGUGGCGCAUUUGGUAGAACUGUUGAAAUCUCAUGAGCCUUUACAGACAGGCAACCAGAUUUUUACGAGCGAUCCGCGCACGAAUGUACUAGUUGGACGUGACGGGGCUGCAAUCAGCAACAAGUGCAGUGCUCAAUACAUCAAAAAUUGGGGUCCGUUAAAGGAUGGUACUUUUAGUCCGUCAUCUCUUACCAGAACGACCUGUGAAAAGCAUAGAGCUCGUAUAAAGUCAAAAUCGCUGAUGAAAGUGAACUCAGAGAUGAUGUGCUAUUGUCCGUGUUGUCCACUUGAGUGGCUUGACUACGUUCUAUACGGCAAAGCUCCAUAUCAACAGCCAAAAAUCAUGCCAACCCUCGAAGCUCACGUAAAUCAAGUUGAACACUUCACUGUUGAUUGGACUGCACCGCAAAGCAACGUGAAGAUGACAUUAAUCGAUUUAUCUGAUCAUUAUCCAGUGCAUGGUAAAUUCGAAUUCCAAGUGACAAGGGGAAAAGGAAAAGACAACGAUCCAUUAACGUAUCAUUUAGAUGGUUGCUCCACAGACAAAGAUUGUCACUUUCGCGAUUUCCGUUGCUAUUGCACCGGAUCAAAUUGCUUUUUCAAUGGUAAAACCACUGAUGGAUGGAAUCUAGACUCGGAACAUCCCGUCAACCGAAAUUGUCUGUACGAAAAGUCGUCUUUUCAGUGCCUUUGUGGACCAACAUGA